GUCCUCUCGUGUUCGUAUCCCGGCGCUGGAACAUCCUCGGCUCCGGCGGGGUCGAUCUGCGCCGUCACAGUCACCGUCGUCAGUCGUCCCUCGUCGUCGCGACGCUUGAACGCAGUGACGUCAUCGCCAAACUCCGCGAACAUCGACUUUCGUUCGGCGCUCCGAUCUCUCAAUUCCCCACAUUCGGCUCUCCCGUUUUUCAGACCCACACGAAGGGAUUUAAGUGCUUGUUUUGUGCAGGAAACGCUUCGAAAGGGAGUUUCAUCGAAAUGACGAUUGCAGCAGCUCGCCGAAAACGUCCACUGAAUACGAACCGAGUAGUGUCCAACGGAUGAAAUGUCUCGAAAUGCAACUAACAUAACAUGUGACUUGAUGAGAAGAUCACAUCGAAGGUGUACUGAGGCGACUGUCCCAGGACGUCAGCGAUGGGCUGUGGCCAUAGCAAGAUAAACAUCUACCCUAGAAAAUAUAGAAAUAAAUCCAACUCUAAGAAAUCAGUAAGUUCAGAAAAAGCCGAUUCAGAAGAAGAAGAGGGUGUAGAAACUGAAGCUGACAAUUCUGAAUAUAUAGAAGACUGUGAUCAGAGAAAAACCAUCAAGGUUAAACCGUUCGGGGGACCACUACUAGCUCAAUCGGAAAUAUCCACGAGCCAGCAAGACUUUUUCAAGAUGUUGGACGAGAAGAUUCAAAAUGGCCCAGACUACAAUUCAGAGAGUGAAAGCGAAAUGGCUGCAGAGCACGCUCGACUGAAAGAUCUCCUCAAAGACUGGGAAACUGCCAGCGCAGGUUCCAGGUCUCUGCCGUCAACUCCGAAGCGUAAAGCCCAACCAAUUGCCGCGACAAACGUUACUGCGGCCAUAGCUGCUGCUGAGUCACUGCAAAAAACUCAAAUCGUAGCUACUGCUGGAGUUGAUAGGCCAGCAACUUCAUAUCCUGGACAGAUCCCACCAGCAAUGAUUCACCAAGCCUACGGAAUUGGUCAGUUAAAUGCGUAUAGACAAAUCAGUUACCCCAACCACUAUGGUGGCCACCAACAGAUUCCUCAAGGCGUUUACUCGCCACAGCAAGUGCCACCAAGUGGUUACCAGACCCCAGCCUCGGUCCAGUAUCGUGCAAUGUACGGAUACCAGCAGUGUUGCCAGGUUCAGGUCACGCCCAAAAGUUACUCUUAUGGUAACGCGACUCCCCCAGUGUCCAGGCAACACGUGACCUACGCUGGGCAGCAACCACCUCCUCAACACGGCAGCGAUGGUGGGCAGGCGGCAGCGUCAGCGGUAACAAAAACCUACGCGGCGCCGAACGUGAACAACGGCUCCCCAAAACACCUUCCUAAUUAUGACCAACAGACCGUCAACUAUUCACCCGUGCAUCGGCCAUACAGCAGUCCUGUCGUUGGAAUCGGAUUAGUGCAGUCCGACAACGAUAACGAAAAUACCAGUAGGGGCGUUCUACAGUAUAAAACUACGUACGCCAACGGGGAAGUGAUAUACCAACAGCCACCAUACUUAUCUCCUCACUCCCAGCGACCUCAACCUUCUGUUGGCAUGCAGAACCAGCAGUACAGGGAUCCAAGAGAACAAUCUUUCAGCCAACAUCAACAGAUGCCAAAUUCCAUGUAUAGGGGACCUCCAAAACAUUAUCAAAGCAGCGUUACCAUACCGAUCACAGUGGACAAAGAUCAAAAAGAUGUGAACACUUUGCACAGGACUCAGUUUGAGCUAACGUGAUUAUUAGGCUAUGAAUACGUAUAUGUUUAAAUGUAGACAGAAGUUCACUUCUAAUUUGUAGUUAUAAUAACAGGAAACAAUCCCAUAUGUUCCCACAACUUGUGUGAGGUAUAAAUACAAAUAUGCUGUAUAGAUAUUCUAAAUAUUUAUAAUACUCAAGAUUGAGCGAAUUAUAAAAUGAAACCUUGCCGAUACCGAAUCAUGAAAAUUUCAUACUGGACAGAUGUAAUGGGUAUCUUCUAAAGCAUAAAUAAUAAAACGACCUCCUACGUCGAGUUAUUAUAAUCAAACAAAAGAAGCAUCGAUGGCAGUUCUUUGAAAAUUAUUUUUUCAAACGUUAUCUAUCACUGCGGGGAACGUGGUCUAUUUUGAAAUUCGAAUGUUUGAUGACGCACCGUACAUUCCUAGCAAUAUUAAGCGAAUUACUCGAGUUCUAUCGAUUGCAAUACUCCUUCCUUAUCCAUAUAGAUAUAGGGCUAAAAAACAGAGCAUAGAGCUGUGAAAUCACAGAACCUAGGCGGUCAAUUUAUCGAUCCGCAACGAGAAAUUAGCUGCACGACGAAUUGUUGUUGCUUCAUGGGUUGUGCUUCAAGUGGCGCCGUUCCGUCUUGUUGAAAGCAAUUGUUAUCGAGAUCACAGAUUCGAAUUGCAGGUAGAAAGUAUAUUGUCAUCACGGCGCAAUAGCGGUCGCACAAUAAAACUUAAAAUUUGCGGACGCGUCAUCAUAAGUUGGAAAUACAGAAAGUUCAUAUUGACCGCAGUAACAGGUUAAAUUUCAAACAAAAAAUCCUCAAAAACUGAAUGUCAAGAAUGCCUCUUUACUUCGAUCAAAAAAAAGUUGUUAAUAGAGGGCAACUUGAUUAACUUUUCCUUCUGGCGAAUAGUUUACAAUCUAAAUGGCUAUAUUCUAAAAAGUAAAGAAUGGAUUAGGGUGGGUAACUUGUAACAAAUUGUCCAUACAGGGUGUCCCAAAAGUCGAUGUCAAGCCGGAAACGGAGGAUAGGCCAAGUAAUAAUGGUUAUCGGAAGAACAUAAAAAAAUAAAAUAAAAGUUGGGUACUUUUCAAAUUAAAGGCCUAAAUAAAUUCGGAAAAAUCUACAACCUGUGAUGAUCUUUUAGUUCCCAUUAGUAUAAAUUUCAAUUUUUUCUCAUACGGAAUGACGGACAGUGUCAUUCUACGUAGUGACAGCAAGACAGUUACGCCGCUUUUAUUAAUUCGUGAAUGUAUUUAAUGAAUUGACAAUAGAUGUUAAAACUGCCUUCCUUGAGCAGCUAUGUUAGCUGGACAUCUUAAAAAUGAUCGGGCGAGUCUUCAGUAAUUUACAAAUCAGCUGCUUCCGUUAUCCUGUCCCUUAGCUCAACUAAAUUUUCGAUUAGCUUUGAGUAAACUUUUUCUUUAAACUUUUCCCAGUAAAAAACCAAGCGGAUUUAGGUCAGGUGGACGGGCUGGCCACGAAAUUUUACCAGACCGCCCUAACCAUCUGUUCGGAUAUUCUGCAUCAAGAUAUUCUCUAACUGAGCGGGUAUAGUGCGCCGGGUAGCCAUCUUACUGCUACCACAUGUCUCUCUAAAUGCCUAGUGGCACGUCUUCCAAUAAAUUGAAAGAUGUUGUAAAAAAUCUAAAUAAAUUUUGCCAUUCAAGAACUCUGGCGGCUCAAAGGGUACAAUGAAUCUCCCAUUUACGAUCCUGGUGGAUUUUCUACAUACCACUCGUGUAAGUUAUGUAGAUUCAUGUAACCAUUUUUUUAAAUGUCGAAUCGUCAGUCCAUGUUCUCUAAAAAUCGCGGUGUCUUUGUAAUAUUGUUUGACAAAACACAACUCUCGGAAGAUAAUCCUGGGGUUGUAGAGAUUGUACUCGCUGUACUUGGUACGUGUAGAGCUCGAUCUUUCGCAAGAUUCGCUGGGCUGUACUUUUGGACACUCCCGUGCUUGCUUCUAUUUGAGCUACUGAAGUACUCGGGUCGACGACUGCUUCUAGUCCGACAACCUUGAUAGGAAAGAAAAAUGUUCCUUCACCAUGCGUUUGAUUUGGAAAUCGUCCCUCUCAGAGUAAACGUUGCACACUCACAAAAACUCGGUGAUCGGGAUGACGAGCAGCAUUUGGGUAUCUCUCACGAUAAAGCUGCAGCACCAGCAUUGUAUCUACAUUCCCCAUAAAUGAGGUGCAUGUUGCCUAAAGUUAAUAGAACUGGGAAAAGCUUCCUCUUGUUGAUUGUUCCACAAUAUCGACAGCCUCGGCACAAAGGAGCGGUCGUAUCGGCCAGUUCUGGAUGUACGAAGUUCGACAUGGUGGACAGGAUGGGAUGCCAACGUCAGGAGGAUCUGUCUAGCGGGCACAUCGCGCGGCAGCAUCAUUUAGGAGAGCUCCGAGGAGCAAAGCUAGUUGGUGUAGCGGUACAAGAGCGCUAGAUCGCCGGCGCGAAAGGGUCCUGAGACUGUCUGUUAAAGAAGAGUCAUCGGACAGCCCUCCUAUGGACAGCAUCGAGCAUAAAUAAUGUAGUCGGGGCGGCAGCACCCCAAACCUGUGAGCAAUACACGAGGCUAGACCUUAUCUUGGCCUUGUAGUCGGGGCGGCAGCAACCCAAACCUGUGAGCAAUACACGAGGCUAGACCUUAUCUGGGCCUUGUAUAGGGUGAGAGGUUCACGCGGAGAACAGUACUUCUGAACCCUAAACAAAUGAACUAGCUUUUUCCCAAAAGCUGCCGCUAUUGACGAAAUAUUUUCGUGCCAGAUCAAGUCCUUGGUGAUCUGGGCUCCGACCAGCCGAAAUGAACGGCUCUUUGGCAGAACUUGGCCAUCCAUCGGAACCGGAUGAGCGGUAGAACGCUUUUUGUUCGUCAAGGUACAGUACUGUGUUUUGGAAACAUUAAAUUGUACAAGAUUGUUGCUUCCCCAAACAGUGAUAACCUCCAGGUCUCUCGAAAGAGAGCAAGUCGUCGCUAGUCUUUUUUUCAGCUCAGCGGCAGAGAUCGGCUUGUCGCUCAGGAUUCCGCAUGCAGAGUGCUGUCAUCAGCAAAGCUGUCGAUUAGGUUGAUCGUACAUGAAAGGAGAUCGUUGAUAUGUAAGGGGAACAAUGUCGGAGCCAAGACCGAUCCCUGGGGAACACCCGCGUUGACGUUGUGGCUACCUUGCGGCCAGAGAGAAAAUCAGCCACCCAUCUGGAAAGCUUCUCUGUGACGCCAUAGGAUGGAAGUUUUCAUAAGAGGGCAGGCGGCGUGCCAUAGCUGGUCGAACGCUUUCGUGAUAUCAAGAGCAACGAUAUAACAGAAAGCAGAGCUAUAUGCCUGUAGUAAGGGUCGUUUUUUUUUAUUUUUGGGAUGAGUUGGACAUGAGCAAAUUUCAGGUUUUCUGGAAAGGUGCCCGAUUCAUAAGAUAUCUGGAAGAGACUCGAAUGAACUGGAGCAAGCUCCGCUGCGCACCUCUUCAGUACAAUGUCAGGAAUCAAGUCUGGACCAGAAGCUUUGCUGAUAUCGAGCGACAAGAGCACCCGUCUUACUGUCUUAUGCCUGUAUGUUACUAACAUUCCCGCAUAGUGUAGGAAACUCCUUGAAUCGACGGCACUUGGGCGCCGGGGGGGAAGUCGAUGGUGGAGUUAGCAGCAAAGAUCUUGGCAAGCACUUCCACCUUAGCCUUAAAUCGGUUACAAUCGUUCCAUCCUGACACGUAAGUGGUGGGAACCUACUCUGGGAGAAGUUCCUUUCAAUCUGCUUGGACAGCGUUCAGAAAGACCGACUGCCAUUGCGCUGCGACAUUUUCCUGUGCCGAACUUUUAUAUCGUGCUGGUCUUUGGCAUGGACUCGACGUCGGCUUGUCUGUUCUCUACAGUGGAGUUUGGAAAGAAAGUUCUGUGCGCCUUAAUCUUCUGCCGGCAAGCAGUGUCACAUUUGUUGAACCAGCCGUUGCACCCUGGUUUAGGCACUUUCACUGUCGAGGGAUGUAUUCCUCCAUUCCAACGUGGAUAAUUUCAUUUAUCAAUGAACACACAGCCGACGCAUCCGCGUCAGCGAAACAAACACCUCUCCAAUGAGAGGUAGACAAGUCUCUGAUUCCUUCCCAGUCGCCAUGUCCGUAAUGCCAAAUUUUGCGGCCUGGACGAGUUUCUGGUGCCACAGCGGGUUCUGACCGAAAUCUAACCUUCACAGCACCGUGGUCUGAGUUACCCAGAUGUGAAAGGCGAGUAGUGUUGUGAGGAACAGGGAUGCGUGGUCAGAAAGAGAUCCAGCAGGCUACUGCGCAGCUUAGGUAUGGAAAGAUGCGGACACGUAAAACACCCUGGGAAAAGCAAAUAUCUGUGCGUCACUCCGUCUAAGAAAAAAUUGAAUCUUAUAGUAAUGGGAACUAAAAGAUGAUCACAGUGUGUAGAUUAUUCCGAUUUUUUAAGCCUAGUAAUUGUAAAUUAUCUGACAUAGAUUUUUUUAUAUUUUCUCAUAACUAGUGUGACUUGGCCUAUCCCCCGUUUUCGGUUUGAUAUCCACUUCUGGGACUCCCUGUAUAAUAUGGUACAAUAAAGAAAUUAUAGCUUGUAACAUCUUAUGAUACGGGCCAUCUAUUAUGAGUGAAUACCCAGCCUCUCCCAAACUACAGUACAAAACUUGCUUAUUUUAAAAAGGUAAUCUCCAAAUUUUUAGGAAAACAGAUCUAACUUCAAAUUGCUGUAUUUUUGGGAGUUUUUGCAACACGAGAUCUCAAAAUUUGAUAUAUUGAAGUAUUUUCUUUAUAUAAUACCCUGUUCAAAAGUUACUGCUAACUUUUUUAUUUAACUUUAAAAAGCUUCGAGCAUUCUUGCCUUGAUGAACACCAUGAAAUAAGGACAUAGAAGAUUAUCCAAUGACCUACCUGCCAGCCAGUUUAUGCGCUUGUUUUUUGUCAAAAGUCUUUGCAUUACUCAUCAUCAACUCUCCAGUUUUGAAAUUACCCUACCAGUAUGUAUACCUUUGUUAACUGCUAUUACUUUAGAGAUACUCUUAUUAGGACGUAUUUUCAUUUUUAUGUUUGAUAAAUUCGGCCAUUGUUUCCUGAAUAUUGAAACUACAAAAGGGUGAUUAUACGACUAUUUUAAUGAGUAAAUAGAAAUGAACAAAAUAUAUGUGACUUAAGACUUGAAUGAUAUGUAAUAAUCGGGUAGUAAUUUUAGUUGAAAAUACCAGUCAUGUCUGUAAUGAAUAAAUUAGAUUUGUAUCUUAUAUCAUUAUUGUAUCAAGAAUUGUUGGAGAAGAUUGAUAUAAAAAACCUAAUUUUCCUUUGAAUUCAAACCCAUCAUAGAUGGAAAAAUUUUCUACGAAUACUUUAUGUUUUUGAUUAAAUCAAAUACAUUUUUUCUCCAGCAACAUAUUCCUUUGAACUUUAGAUUGUCAUUUGUAGUAUAGUAGGAAAUGAACUUGAAACAUAUUUUCGAUUUUUGAGAACAGUCAGAUAUGCUUAUCAUGUAUUUAAAUGGGAAUGAAUUCACAAAUUUUAAGACAUACUUCGUAUAUUAAUGAUAUAAAUAAAAUAGAAGUGAAGGAUUGAACAUUUACCAAGUAUUCAGAAUACAGAGAAAUCCAUAUACCACUGAUGAUAGCCCUGUUCGUACAGCUAUCACCAACCUAUCAGUGAUCGUGUCCAAUGUCCUGCCACACAAGUUCCGUUCAUUCUGCUACGCUAUUUAGACAGAAUUCACACUGUCGGAUCCCAGACACAGUCGCCAACAAGUAAUGUGUACGAGAGAGAAGCGCGAGAAGCAUGCGAUGCGUAUGUUAGAAAAAGAUAGAAGCACAACAUUGCCUAUCACCCCGAGUUACGAGGCCAAGGACACAGCUGCGGUUUGCCGCGUUGCUAUCGGCGCACUCUCUCUAACAUAUGUACUGCCGCUUCUCUCUCGUACACAAUACCCAUAUGUCACUGAUAUUUGGAUUUCCUGUAUAUAGAAAUAUAACCUUCUUUGGAAAUAAUCGAUUAAGUGGAUUACUGUUAUGAAAAUAUUAGAUGAAUAAAGUUUUGUCAUUCAUCAACAUUGAAAUCAGAUGCAUGUGACCUUAGAAUUUUAAGCGAAAAUUCAAUGUUCUA